AUGGAGAUCGAGAACAUCGUCGCGAACACUGUUUAUAUAAAGGCCAGAGAGAGUGGCGGUCAGAAGAAGGGAAAGAGCAAAAAAUGGAAGAAUUAUCUUCAGUUUCCCCACUACACAGAAUGUUUGCCGUUACGCUCCGAAAUCGAUGUCAGCUACUCCUACAUUGUGGAAAAGCAACCGAUUGGAAAGUUGCUUUUUCAUGAUUUUUGCGAGACGACCAACCAUCAGUACUAUCAGUCAUGUGUGUUCUUGAAUAAGGUCGAGGAAUAUGAAACCUCCGACGAUGACGGCCAAUGUCGACGGGAACUUGCUCGAGCUAUUGCUAGCCUUCUUGCCCCUGGCGGUGAUACCCCAUCUUCUUCACAACACGAUCACAAUCCGUGGUGUUCCUUCUUGCCUGAAAAUGUUGUCGCUUCUGUUCUUGCUGCUGCUGAUUCAGCCACACAAGACCAAGAGCCACGAACUGAUAUCUUCGCAGAUGCGUACAAAUUGGUUCGUGGUUAUCUUGCUGACGAACCGUUCAAGCAGUUUCUCGAUUCCGUCCUCUUCUAUCGUUACUUGCAAUGGAAAUGGUUGGAAAAGCGUCCUGUUGACAAGCAUACAUUUAGGCUUUACAGAGUCCUUGGGAAAGGUGGAUUCGGCGAAGUAUGUGCAUGCCAGGUCCGUGCUUCUGGAAAAAUGUAUGCGCUGAAGAAGCUGGAGAAGAAAAGAGUUAAAAAAAGACACGCCGAAACUUUAAGUCUGAACGAGAAACAAAUCUUGCAACGAAUUAAUUCUCCUUUCGUGGUAAGUCUUGCCUACGCGUAUGAAACGAAAGAUGCUCUUUGUCUCGUGCUUACAUUGAUGAAUGGAGGGGAUCUCAAAUUUCAUCUCUAUAAUCUAAUGCCUGGCGGUUUUGAUGAGAAACGUGUGCAGUUCUACGCUGCUGAGAUAACCCUUGGCCUCCAACACUUGCACAAAGAACGGAUAUUGUACCGCGAUCUCAAACCUGAAAAUAUCUUAUUAGAUGAUUUUGGUCAUGUACGAAUUUCUGAUCUCGGCUUAGCUGUUGAAUUGAAAGACAAUGAGCCCAUUAAAGGAAGGGUGGGAACGGUAGGGUAUAUGGCUCCUGAAAUUGUGAAAAACGAACGAUAUUCAUAUGGAGUCGAUUGGUGGGGACUUGGUUGCCUCAUUUAUGAAAUGAUUGAGGGCAAAGCACCGUUCCGUCAGCGCAAAGAGAAGGUUAAAAGAGAGGAAGUUGAAAGAAGAGUACGAGAGGACCAAGAAAAAUAUUCGGAUAAAUUUAGCGAGGCUGCCCGUACUCUUUGUCGAGGACUUCUUCACAAAGAACCGUCAUUUCGCCUUGGGUGCCGUCGAGUAAGCAAACCUGAAGAAGGCGCCGAAGAAAUUCGAGCACAUCCUUUCUUUAACACCGCUGAUCCUAACACAGGCCGUGAACCCGUGCCUUGGAAGAAAAUGGAAGCCGGGAAGGUCACCCCACCGUUCUGCCCGGAUCCACGUGCUGUCUAUGCGAAAGAUGUGCUAGACAUUGAACAAUUUAGUACGGUUAAAGGAGUUCGCUUAGAUGCUAAUGAUACACAGUUCUACGGAAAAUUUAAUACUGGCUGUGUUAGCAUCCCAUGGCAAAAUGAGAUGAUCGAAACAGAGUGCUUUCAAGAGCUAAACGUGUUUUUCGAGGAAGACGGCAGUUUGGUGCCAAGUCUACGUCCUGAUGGUCAAAUGCAACUCGACAAAAAGAACGGCUCAAGUAGUGCCGGGUUUUUCAGCCGUCUAUUCAAACGCAAGUCUGCGCAGCUCAAUGGCAAGCAUUCGAAAUGUCCUUAUUGUCAUGGAAAUGCUGAGUGCGGGAAGUGUAAGGUCACAAAGUCGCUCCACGAUCUUCAGCUCCGUUCUGACUCCUCAUCUACAGCAUAUGAUGGUGGUCGCCAAAUUCGUGCGCUAUCAGCGAGUGGCCGUCCGACCGCUGUAACAAAUGCUCUCAUUCCUGGACAAUCUUCUGAGCAAAACACCAUGUAA